GAGGACUUGAGACCCCCCCUCGACGGCAAGAAUGACGACCACGACAAUGGCAGUGGCUCUGGUGGCCCUGGUGGCUAUGAUCGCUGUGCCCUCGGCCAUGGCCAAUGAUCUGGCACGCGGUUGGGGUGAUGGCAUCGCCUGGCGCUCGCUCGAUGCGGGCCGCGCGGAGGCCUUGGAGACGGGUAAACCCAUGAUGGUCAUCAUCCACAAGAGCUGGUGUGGCGCCUGCAAGGCCCUGCGCCCCAAGUUUGCGGCCAACGACGAAGUGGCCGAGCUGAGCGAAAAGUUUGUCAUGGUCAACCUCGAGGACAAUGAGGAGCCCGACGACGCCGCCUUCCGCCCAGACGGUGGCUACAUCCCUCGUAUCAUCUUCACCGACGCACAGGGAGAGGUGGUUGACUCGAUCUACAACAGUGCCGGUUCGCCCAAGUACAAGUAUUACUACACGGAUGGCCAAUCUGUGGCCGCCGGCAUGAAGAGCGCCAUCAAGCACUUCAACAUCUAAGUGGUAUGGUAACUCUACCUUUUGCAGGAGAAAUCAAAUUGAUUUCAGCCCUUCUUUUC